AUGGGAGAUACUAGUCCAAGAACAUCAGUCUCAACAGAUGGCGACACAAAUCAUGAUAACUUCGAUGGAGGGAAUUUGGGUGAUUCUAGCGACCGUUCUAAGGGUAAUUUGGAUCAGAAGACACUUCGUAGGCUCGCUCAAAACCGUGAGGCUGCAAGGAAAAGCAGAUUGAGGAAGAAAGCAUAUGUUCAGCAGCUAGAAAACAGCCGAUUGAAGCUAACACAACUUGAGCAGGAGCUGCAAAGAGCAAGGCAGCAGGGUGUCUUUAUCUCAAGCUCAGGUGACCAAGCUCAUUCUACAGGUGGAAAUGGGGCAAUGGCAUUCGAUGUGGAAUACAGAAGGUGGCAGGAAGAUAAAAACAAACAGAUGAAGGAGCUGAGUUCUGCUUUAGACGCUCAUGCGAGUGAUGCUGAGCUUCGGAUAAUCGUAGACAGAGUAAUAUCUCACUACGAGGAGCUUUUCAGGAUAAAGAGCAACGCAGCUAAGAGCGACGUCUUCCAUUUACUAUCAGGGAUGUGGAAAACGCCAGCUGAGAGAUGUUUCUUGUGGCUCGGUGGCUUCCGUUCAUCAGAACUUCUCAAGCUUAUAGCGAAUCAGUUGGAGCUGUUGACAGAACAACAAUCGCUAGACUUAAGCAACUUGCAAGAGUCUUCUCAACAAGCAGAAGAUGCUUUGUCUCAAGGGAUGGACAACUUACAGCAAUCACUCUCUGAUACUUUGUCGAGCGGCACUCUUGGUUCAAGUUCUUCCGGGAAUGUCGCGAGCUACAUGGGUCAGAUGGCCAUGGCGAUGGGGAAGUUAGGUACCAUAGAAGGAUUUAUCCGCCAGGCGGAUAACUUGAGGCUACAAACAUAUCAACAGAUGUUAAGAAUAUUAACGACGAGACAAUCGGCUCGUGCUCUGCUUGCAAUACACGAUUAUUCCUUGCGGCUACGCGCUCUUAGCUCUCUGUGGCUUGCCAGACCAAGAGAGUGA